AUGUCUACCAAAACGCGCCCCGCCAUCCCCCCAGUCGUUAUGGACUCCAUCACCCAGCAAAUCGGCAACACGCCGCUGGUCCGCCUGAACAAGAUCCCCCAAUCCCUCGGCAUAACCGCAACCGUCUACGCCAAACUCGAGAUGUUCAAUGCAGGAGGCAGUGUCAAGGACCGCAUCGCUCUACGUAUGGUCGAAGCCGCCGAGCAAUCUGGUCGCAUUAAGCCGGGCGACACCCUAAUCGAGCCCACGAGCGGCAACACGGGUAUUGGACUCGCUCUCGUAGGCGCCGUCAAGGGCUACAAGGUCGUUAUCACACUACCGGAGAAGAUGAGUCCCGAGAAGGUCGCUGUGCUCAAGGCUUUGGGCGCCGAAGUUGUUAGGACGCCGACGAGCGCUGCAUGGGAUUCCCCUGAGAGUCACAUCGGUGUUGCGAGACGCUUGGUUAAGGAACUGCCCAACGCGCAUAUUCUGGACCAGUAUACCAACGAGAACAACCCCCUGGCACACGAGCUCGGUACCGCUGAGGAGAUCUGGACACAGACGGACGGCAAGGUGACGUGCUUGGUGGCAGGCGCUGGCACGGGUGGUACAGUUACAGGUAUCGCGAAGGGUCUGCACAAGCACAAGAAGGAUGUCAAGAUUGUGGCGGCUGAUCCCAAGGGCAGUAUUUUGGCCUUGCCAGAGACAUUGAACCAGGAGGGUAUGAAUGAGGGUUACAAGGUCGAGGGUAUUGGGUACGACUUCAUCCCCGAUGUUCUGGAGCAGAAGGUUGUAGAUAAGUGGUAUAAGACGGACGACCGGACAGCGUUCCAGUACGCCAGGAGAUUAAUCGCCGAGGAGGGUAUCCUUUGUGGUGGAUCGAGCGGAAGUGCAAUGGAUGCAGCCGUAAAAGCCAUCCAAGAACUCAACCUUGGCAAAGACGACGUCGUGGUCGUUGUCUGCCCAGACAGCAUCCGAAGCUACCUCAGCAAAUUCGUCGACGACGACUGGCUCGCAGCCAACGACCUCCUUCCCCCAACUCCCGCCCUCACAGCCAACGCCCCAACCCCGCGCACGCGCUCCGACUCAAUCAAAAAAGACGCCUUCCACGGUGCCACUAUCGCCGACCUCCGCCUCAAACCUGUCACUACUGUCCCCAGCAACUCCCCCUGCUCCGAAGCCAUUGAGACCAUGCGCGAGAAGGGCUUUGAUCAGCUCCCUGUCUCCGCCUACUCCCCCUCCGGAAAAGCCCGUCUCGUCGGCCUCGUCACCCUUGGCAACCUCCUCUCCUACAUCGCCUCUGGCCGCGCGACCCCGAAGACGCAGGUCGAUGCCGUCAUGUUCGAUUUCAUGAAACUCCCCGAAGUGGUGACUGAUUUGGGGCGUUUGCAUCUCGAUGGCGAUGGCAGCGGGGCUGAAAGCCAGCAAAGCAAAAACAAGAAGGCACGUCGCGAGUUUGUAGAAAUCACGAGAGAUACGAAACUGAGCGAUUUGAACAAGUUUUUCGAGUGGAACUCCGCGGCGGUGGUUACGGAGAAGGGUGGAGAGAAGGGAGAGUUAAGGGCUGCGGCUGUGGUUACGAAGGUUGAUUUGCUGACUUGGAUGGUUAGGCAGGGGAAGAUUGGGGUAAAUGGGGAUGCUUAAGUCAUUGAUGGCUUGGUCUGGGGGUGUUUGCAUUUUCGUGGGGUUAUGGGAUGUUAUCUUUCUUUUCCUUUUUGUUUGGGUUGAUGUUCUUCCCCCGGUCUCACUUUUCAUGCCCCAAAAAUAGCCAUAUAUA